AAUGCACCCUAGUCGGCUAGCGCGCAUGAAGGGCUGAUGGCCACCGUUUCGCCUAUCAUGAAAGUCUUGUGCAGGCGAGGCUAAGACCGUUGGCUCGGAUGCAACCACCGUCUAUCAGGAAAGGCGGAUACGCACAGGAAGCACAUUUUAGUGCGGACCGUGACCGCGCACUCCAUUUUGGCGGUCAGGAACUUGGCUCUUCUACUUCGAUGUACGACCAUGAUGUCCUACGAUUAUGCUUCCGUCCUAGAAGUAUUAGGCGAAUGCUUCCACAUACAGGAGGCGCGCAUAGUCUCCGUGGUACCUGCGAAGCGGUCGACUUCAACGGGCCUGUUGUGCAGUACCGUAGAGUCGACCUCCCCAGCUCCGCUACUAAUCGAUCGAUCCUGCGAUGCACCGGUAGCGUUUCUCAAAAUUUCAAGUCACUGCCACCCUUCUGGCUUGAGGACGCUUAUACUCUGCCCUUUCACAGCGCAAUAUUUGCGCCGAAGCCAGUGGCUGGCGGCUCUGGCGGCUCUGCAGCCAACGUCGUAAUGCCACUGCUCGAGCCUCUUACGUGAAAUAUUUAGAUGCCCAGUCUGACUUGUGUUUGCGCGGAUAUCCUGCGGUAGAGUUAGACAAUUGUCGACGGGCUCGAAUGAGCGAAAAAGCACGCUAAUACGCUGACUAACCUUCGAUGAUGAUGAUCGGCCCGAAGUCCGGUGACCUUCCUGGCCUUUCCGACUUGCAUGCUCUUGCCGUAACCGGAUUGCUUAUACUCAAUUAGCGCUGCCAAGAAGG